AACAGCAAAAUGAAUUUGGUCCUGAUUUUCAUUUUCCCUUUGGUGCUUUCAGCAACUGAAAAAGAUGAAUCGGCAUACGAUUCCUUGUCCACUGAAUCAAAAUCAAGGUUUGCUAUGCUUGAUGAUGUACGAAUUUUAGCUAAUGGCUUACUGCAGCUCGGACACGGCCUGAAAGAUUUUGUCCACAAGACGAAGGGUCAAAUUAAUGAGAUCUUUCAAAAACUAAAUUUUUUUGACAAGUCCGUCAUUGAUCUCUCUGAACAAACAAAUGAGAUCAGAGAAAAGGAAGAAGAGCUCAAAGAAACAACUUCCAGGCUGCAGGUAAAUAAUGAAGAGCUAAAAAACAUAUCCCGUAAAAUUCAUUCCCAAGUUGAAAACUUACUGCAAGACAAGAUACAACUUCAAGCUAAAGUUGGGAGUCUGGAGGAAAAACUAUUCCAAAUCACUCAAGGAACAACAGAAGGUCAGGAAAGUAAAGAAAUAUCAUCACUGAAAAAUUUUGUGGAGCAGCAGGACUUAAAUAUCAGACGCAUACUAAAAGUGGUACAAGAGCAGCACAUGCAACUUGACCAUCAAAAUAUUCAAAUAAAAGACCUAGAAGACAAGCUAAGCCCAUCAGAUUUCCAGGAAAGUGCAAAGAGUGUGUUGGCUAUCAGAAGAAGUAGGACUGGCUCCUUGUACUUAAGCAAUUCAACAGAUGGAAUGCUGGAACAAAAUGACAGUCGUGACUGCAAUGACAUUUAUAACAGGGGAGAAAGAUCAAGUGGUAUUUAUACUAUCAGACCAAAUGGAAGCAUGGCUUUUGAUGUAUACUGUGAAAUAACAGAAGAUAAUGCAAACACAGUAAUUCAGAGAAGAAUUGAUGGGUCAGUGGAUUUUAACCAGACGUGGGAAACAUACUUAAAUGGCUUUGGAGAACUUACAGGUGAAUUUUGGCUAGGCCUUGAGAAGAUCCAUGCCAUUUCUCAGCAAGCAGAUUAUAUGCUGCAUAUUGAGCUGCAGGACUGGAAGGAAAACUGGCAAUUUGCGGAAUAUAUGUUCAUUCUUGGAAAUCAAGAUACCAGUUAUGCUCUCCAGCUUUCACAGGUCUCAGGAAACAUUCCCAGUGGUCUACCUGAACAGAAAGAACUUCCGUUUUCAACAAAUGAUCGGAAUUCUGGGGAUUUAAAAUGUCCAGCAGAAAGGUUUUCAGGUGGAUGGUGGAAUACUGCUUGUAGCGGAACAAAUCUAAAUGGAAAGUACAUGAAACAAAAGCCAAGGACAAAACUGGACAGACGAAGAGGGCAAGGGAUAUACUGGAAAUCUGAAAAGGGGAGGUUAUACUCACUCAAGUCUACAAAAAUCAUGCUCUAUCGCAUGGAUCUUGACAGUUUUGAAUAAGGCAAUGUGUUCUAUGUCAUUCUGCCUUGUACAUUGCACCCAUCCAACUUCAAAUGAGCAAAUUCUGACUGCGUUACUAUAGAGUUACUAGAUGUAAUUUGUGGAUUUGGUGAUCUGGAAGGAGAUCUUAAAUAGCAUUAUGAAGCGGAUGGUCUUAAUUAACUCCUUGUGUGUAUUAUAUAAGCUAGCAGAAGAAAGAAUUGCAAUUACUAUCAAGGAAGUUUUCUGAGGGUUGGCUAACUAGGCCCAUACUUAUUUCAGCUUGAAGUUACAUUAAGCAAAAGGGUUAAAUUAAGGAUCAAUAAAAUAAACAUAUCAUGGCAACUGUAAAAAUUAUGUAAAGGGAAUUCCCAACAAAAUAUAAAAAGAAAAAAAAAGGAUUUUUUUAAAAAUCCAUUCUUGUGUUUUAAAG